GAAAAUAAUAAUGAUAAAAUUAAGUGCGAUAAAAUAAAAAUAUAUGAAAAUAAUAAUGAUAAAAUUAAGUGCGAUAAAAUAAAAAUAUAUGAAAAUAAUAAUGAUAAAAUUAAGUGCGAUAAAAUAAAAAUAUAUGAAAAUAAUAAUGAUAAAAUUAAGUGCGAUAAAAUAAAAAAUGAUCAUCUUAAAAAUGUACCAGUAAAAAAAAAAAAAAAAGAAUAUACGAAAAAUGUGAUAGGGAGUAAAGUGCAUACACACGAAUUGCAUAAGGAAAAUAUUUUUGUUCUACCUAAGGAUAAUAUUAAUAAUAAAUUUGGAGAAAAAAAAAAAAUUCCCUUAAAACAAAAAAAUAAAAAAGUAAAAAAAAGAACCUUUUCUGAAAGUACUAUAAAUAUUUUAUCAUAUUUUAAAAAU